AACACCAAGUUUUCAGAUGACUGGGGACAUCUCACUUUGUUUGGCCUGAUCGAAUAAAGUUAACUCCUUGACACCUGAACCUUCUUUGUCUGAGAGAUUUUUUGAACUUCAAGAUCGACAUUUACCACAUCAACUUCAGUCUACAGCUCAUAAACAAACACUCAGGAGAAUCAUGACAUCUCAGGUGAGACAGAACUUUCAUCAGGAGUGUGAAGCAGCCAUCAACAGACAGAUUUACCUGGAGCUCUACGCUUCAUAUGUUUACCUGUCCAUGGCGUAUUAUUUUGACAGGGAUGAAAGCUUUGCCAAGUUUUUCCAUGAGCAGUCUAAAGAGGAGCGAGAACAUGCUGAGAAACUGAUGAGCCUGCAGAACCAAAGAGGAGGUCGAAUCUACCUGCAGGACAUCAAGAAGCCGCAUCGGGAUGAGUGGGGCAGUGGUCUGGAAGUGUUGGAAUGUUCUCUGGCUCUGGAAAAGAGUGUCAAUCUCUCACUGCUGGAGCUUCACAAGGUGGCAACCCAACACAAUGAUGCACACGUUUGUGAUUUUCUGGAGACACAUUAUCUGGACGAACAGGUGAAGUCCAUUAAGGAGCUCUCUGAUUGGGUGGGCAGUUUGAGGAGAAUGGGUGCUCCUCAGAAUAACAUGGCAGAAUAUCUGUUGGACAGACACACUCUGGGAAAACAGUGAUUGUCACGUCUUCAUGAGCCGAGAGUCACGGCACGACCUCUCUGGAGUUUUAAUAGAAGCCGUAAUGCCAGUGACCCAAAGACAGUACAAAAC